UAUUGCUAACCCACCAAAAAAAGGGGGCAAAAGCAAAAUCAAAUUAUUGCAACAACUGUUUCUACAUAAUACCCCCACCUCUUCCUCAUCCAAAACCCAUAUCUCAGUUCGUGAUUCCACAAACUCUUUUCCUUCCCCCUUUUACAAAACAAAUUAUAAUUUCGAUUCAUCCAGAAAAACGCAACAAAAGAAAUCAUGCAUAAAGCACAAGAAGAGUGUACUUAUGCUGUUGUGGAGGAGUACAAGAAAGCUCUAGAGUUUAUAGAAGAAGUGACGGAAAAGGCUGAUGAGGUUCAAGAAAGAGUGCUAACUGAGAUCUUGUCUCGAAACGCGGACGUCGAAUACUUGCGGAGGCAUGGCCUUGACGGUCACACUGAUAAAAGAACUUUCAAGAACACCAUUCCGGUCAUCACAUACGAGGAGAUUAGGCCUGAUGUCACUCGCAUCGCAAACGGAGAUUCGUCCCAAUUACUUUGCUCCCAACCCAUUUCGGAGCUGGUGAUAAGUUCCGGCACCUCCGGUGGACAGCCGAAACUGAUACCGACGACGGAGGAAGAGAUGGGGAGGUGGCAAUUCCUGUGCAGCCUGGUGAUGCCCGUGGUUAGCAAAUACGUUCCUGGCUUACACAAAGGCAAAGGACUUUACUUCAUGUUCAUCUGCGCCGAAAUAAAGACUCCAGGCGGACUAAUAGCUCGCAAUGGUUCCACUAGGUUCGGCAAGAGUUAUUCCAACAACGCGUAUUUUGAUCCAUACGAUUCGUACACUAGCCCGAUCGAGACAUUUCUCUGCCUGGACUCAUACCAAAGCAUCUACUCCCAAAUGCUUUGUGGGUUGUGCCAACACAAACAAGUGUUACGAGUUGGCGGUGUUUUCGCAGUGGGUUUCAUUCGGGUUUUCCAUUUCCUAGAAAAGCAUUGGAAGCUUUUAUGCGAUGAUAUCCGAACGGGUACUCUGAACCCACAAAUCACUGAUACUUCCGUGAGGGAUGCGGUCAUGAAAGUCCUCAAACAACCCGAUCCGGAGCUGGCGGAAUUCAUCGAGGCGCAAUGCGGGAGCGAAUCUUGGCAAGGAAUCAUUCCUAAGUUAUGGCCGAAUACAAAAUACGUGGACGUUAUUGUGACCGGAACCAUGUCACAGUACAUCCCGACUCUGGAUUACUACAGCAAUGGCUUACCUAUUGUUUCCACAACGUACGUCUCUUCGGAGUGCUUCUGUGGGGUUAACCUUAACCCUCUUUGCAAUCCAACUGAAAUCGCUUACACUCUCAUUCCUUCCCUCGCCUACUUUGAGUUCCUGCCAAUUUACCGAAACAACAAACAAAAGGAAGAAGAAGAACUGGUUGAUCUGGCGGAUGUUCAAUUAGGACAAGAGUACGAGCUCGUCGUCACAACCUACGCCGGCCUAUAUCGCUACCGGGUCGGAGAUGUGCUGAGGGUGGCCGGUUUUAAGAACAAGGCCCCCCAGUUCAACUUCGUCUGCCGGAGAAACGUAAUCCUGAGUAUUGAUUACGACAAGACUGAUGAAUUGGAGUUACAAACGGCGGUGAAAAAGGCGACGGCCCAUUUGGUUCCGUUUGAUGCUCAGCUGACCGAUUACACCAGCUUUGCGGAUACCAGUACCAUUCCAGGACACUAUGUAUUGUAUUGGGAGAUUACCCAAACCGGAUCAUCGACCCACCCAAUUCCGGAUUCGGUGUUCGAAACCUGUUGCCUUACCGUUGAAGAGUCGCUGACCAGUAUUUAUCGCCUUGCACGGUCUUCUCAUAAGACGGUUGGUCCGUUGGAGAUCAAAGUUGUAAAGGGUGGCACAUUUGAUGAGCUUGCCAUUGCCUCAGGAGCUUCGAUUGAUCAGUACAAAACUCCUCGGUGUGUCAAAUUUGCACCAAUUGUUGAGCUUCUCAACUCACGGGUUGUGUCAAGCUAUUUCAGCCCGGCAUUUCCCGAGUGGGUACCUCAGGAUUUAGUUGCUAGUCUUAAUUGAUCUAGACAUUGCCAAAUGAAGAACAAUCCAAAGAAGAACUGUUUUCGUGAUGAUGUUAUAAUUAUUAACAAAAUCCCAUGUCAAUGUUGACUUUUUCUAAAAAUUGUGUUUUUUUUAAUACGUUAAUGCAAACACAAUACUGAAAGCUUCG